AUGCGCGCCCGCAAACUGGCCAUGGUGAAAACAACUGGUGGUGGUCCAGGCACGGGAGGAGAGAGCAUUUAUGGCGGCAAGUUUGCGGACGAGAGCUUCAAGCUACCGCACGCGGCGGCGGGGACUCUGUCCAUGGCGAACGCGGGCCCCAACACGAACGGCAGCCAGUUCUUCCUCACCUUCAAGGCCACUCCUCACCUUGAUGGCAAACACGUGGUGUUCGGGCAAGUGGUGGAGGAAAUGGAGGUGGUGCGAGCUAGAGAGCCAGCCCACACGGUUGAGUGCCUUGCACUUCCGCUUCCUCACCGCUCAUCCCCCUCUUUCCACUUCCCUCCUCUUCCCUUUUCCUUCCCCCAUACCCCCUCCCCUCCCCCAAUCUCCCCCUUGGACCCCCAUCCCUCCCCCUUUCCCUCUUCCCGCUCCCCUCUCCACCUUUCCGCUCGUUGCCUCCGCAGCAAACACGUGGUGUUCGGGCAAGUGGUGGAGGGAAUGGAGGUGGUGCGAGCUAUAGAGAGCCAGCCCACGGGAGACAGGGACCGCCCUGUGUUCCCCAUCAAAAUCACCAAGUGCGGCCAGCUGCCUGCUGCUGCUGUUGCUAGCGGCGGGAAGAGCGGGAAGAAAGCGCGAGGAGAGGAGAAGGAGAAGGGCGAGGAGAAAGUUGAGGAGGAGGAGGAAGAGGUCGACUCAAAAGUCAGCGAGGUACGUGCUUUUGAGAAUUCUCCUUGUUGCUUCUCAAAAACACCCUGCCACUCGAAGCAGAAGAAGAGGUACGUUGGGCAGAAGGGAAGGGAAGGUGGGGACUUUGUGGCGCCCCAAAGGAUGGUGAAGUGCGUCUUCAUGGUGGUUGCUGUGGCGCGGAUUUUGUGCUCGAAUGGUAUCCUUUGUCCGGUUGUAUGCGCCAGGUGGGCUGUCAUGUGGGCUGUCAGCAAGUAUUCGGAUGAGGAGGAGUCAGACCGUGGUGCAUCCCGAUCGUCUAGCGAGAGCAGCAGCGGCAGUGAGGACGAGGAGGAGGAAGAGAAACCAGGUCGCAAGGACAAGGGGAAGGGCCACGGGGUCAGAAAGGGCGAGCAGGAUUCAGGAAGGCGAGACGGGAAGGAGAAGGGUGAGAAGGGAAAGGGCAGUCAGAAGAAUCGAGCAGAGAGGAAAGAGAGCAGUAGCGGGCGCAAAUCCCAGGCACAAGAGGGAGAGGCAGAGCGUGAGACAGAGCGUGAGGAGGAAGGUGGGAAAAGGAAGGCCAGAAAGCUCUCGGGAAAGGUUGAUGCAGACGCAAGCAAAGAUGGAGUGGGUGAUGGGGGGGAUGAGGGAAGGGCAGAGGCGAGGCGCGAGGGGGCGAGUAGCGAUAGGGAUAGCGAUAGGCCAAGAGGAAGAGCUGGGAGAGACGAUCAGGAUGCUCCUGGUGAGAAGAAGGCAAGGAGGAAGGGGAGUGAGAGGAUGAAAGGGGAUGGUGGCAAGGAGGAUGUUGUGGAGAAAGGGGUUGUGGAUGAGGGUGGAGCGGAGCAGGAAGGAAGUGUGGUGGAAGAGAGGCGUGAGAAGAUGAGGGUGGAGGGAGGAGGCAAGGGGAGUCGGGGAUCUGGUCGAGGGAUAGCUGGGGAUAACAAUGAGGAGGAGGAGGAGGAGAAGAAGAAGGAGAAGAAGGGGGAGGGCCAGGUGGAGGAAGAGGAUUGGGGUGGGGAUGUGGAUAGGAUGGCAGUGGAGAUUGGCAGGGGCGUGGGUGGAGGAGGAGGAGGAGGAGGACAGGGAGGUAAGGCGAGAGGGGGAGACGGUGCAGGCAGAGGGAGGCAGCUGAAGCAAAGCAGCGGCGCAAGAAGCAGGUCACCUUCUCGCUCUCCUCGUCAUUCCCCCGCUCCCCAGCGAUACAGCUCCCCCGCCCGUUCCCACUCUCCCCUCCGCUCCCAUUCUCCCCGACAGUACCGCUCCCCUCCUCGCUCUCGCUCGCCUUCUCGCUCCCCGACCCCCCCUCCUGCACGCAAGCGGGCUGCUGGGAGUGUGCAUGACAGGCUGGGUGCAGCCCCUGCUGCUGCCGCGGCUGCUGUUGUUGCUGCUGCUGCUGCUGCAGCUGCUGCUGACACUGCCACUGCGCUUCCAGCAGGAGUAAUCCCGCCUGUUGAGAGGCUUACCCCUGCCUCAGCAGCAGGUGGUGAUGCUGCUGCUUCUGGUGUUGCUGCUCCUGCUUAUGGUGGUGAUGCUGCGGGCGGUGGAGGUCCGUUGCGGGUGCGCAAGGGCAGGGGGUUUUCGCAGCAGUUUGCGUUUGCUCGCAAGUACCGCACUCCGUCCCCCUCUCCUGAGCCGCUUCCCCCUGCAAGGUUCAGAGGCAGGGGGUACGGAGGAGGGUACGGGGAGGGCGGCAGAGGGAGGCUGUACGGCCGCAGCGAUUAUGACGACGCCAGGGGAGGGAGUGGCAGGGGAUGGGGAAGUGGAGGAGGGCGGUACAGGGACCGCAGUGACAGCCCCCCGCCCCGUAGGAGGAGCCCUGAUUGGUCGAGAAGCCCGCCGAGAAGGAGGGGACGAGGACGGGGAAGGUACCGGUCUCCUUCCAGCCGCAGCACCUCAUACAGCCGUAGCCGCAGUCGCACCCGCAGCCGAAGCCGCAGCCGCAGCGACACGCCUCCCCGUGCACGCACCACCACCACCACACGUGCCCGCUCCCCCAGCCUCUCUCGCUCGCCCCCUCCCCGUCGCUCUGCCCGCGACAAGCUCACCACCCGCAAUGCCAGCCCCCUCAGGGAAGCAGCUGAGGCGGCUGCUGCUGACGGUGGUGGUGGUGGUGGUGGUGGUGGUGGUGGUCUGACCACUGUGAGGCAGACACGUGGCGCUGCAGGAUUGGAUGGGGAGCAGGGAGGAGGUGGUGGUGGCAGGGGCGGCGAGGGGUCCAGUCUUAACGGCACAGGGGUGGCAGCAGCAGCAGCAACAGCAGGAGAUGCAGGAGGAGAUGCUGGAGUGGGGACAAUAGCUUCCCCGUCUCCUGUGGGAAUGAGGUCUCCCAAGGAGGCCAGUGGAGGUGGUUUUGGCUUGGGGAAUGCUGCUGAUGCAGGUGCUGAUGCUGGUGCUGAUGGUGAGCGGUCAGUGCGACUGGGUGGUAGGGAGGGCAGGCUGAGGAGGCAGAGGGAGGAUGACGAUGAGGAGGAGAGUGAUUGA